UUCUCACUGCUGACAGCCUACUCUUACUGUUUAACUUAAAGAGUGACGUGAACACUUUCAUGUUAAAUCAUUUUUCAAUUCAUUUUUUUCACAUAAUUUUAUUAUUUAUAUUUUGAAUUAAAUUGUAUUUACAUCAUUCCAUCAUCUGCUUUUAUAAUCAAUAUUUUGUUUUUGUCAAUUGUUUCUCUGUAAUUCACCAUGGCGAAAUCAGCAACUAAAGGCCAAAAACAAAUCUUGGAGGAUAACAAAAGUACAAUCAAUUAUUACAUAGCAAUUUCUUCAUCUGUAUUAGCGAUCUAUCUUCUUGUCACAUGGUUUUUCUUCUUUGAACAAUUUACGUUUAGAUAUAUGUUUUUUACUUUUUCAUCAAUUAUAAUUUACAUCAGUGCCAUUGGUUUUAUGAAAUUCAUGGCUCAACCCUCAUACUCAGAGACUGGAUCAUUAAUAGAUGGCGGCCUCGACCUUAACUUAGAGUCUGGAAUGGCUGAAUAUGCUAAAGACAUCAUUAUAUUAACUGCUAUAGUUCAACUAUUGUCACUAAUUUCCAAUUAUUUCUAUCUAUUGUGGCUUUCUGCUCCAGGAUAUGGAUUUUAUUUGCUCUGGGUUAACCUUCUUGGUCCAUGGAUAUUUGCUCCUGCACCUGAAGAAGGACCAGUAAAUGAAAAGAAACAAAAGAAAAUGGAAAGGCGAAUGCGACGACAACAAUGAUGAUCUCAGAAUGAUACUCUGUCCAAAUUAAAAUCAAAAUUCGAUUAAAAAUUAACUUGUAAUGUUAAA